AUGGCAUUCCGAAAACAUGACGGCGGCGGCAACGGCGAUGACGACAAAUCCAAAAACCCGAAAACAUGCCCUCUACAGGCCGCGUUCGGAAUACUAAACAAAUACGGCGUCCAGCCGAAGAAAAAUAUGCGUCGCGGCCAAGUCUCCGAAGCGAGACUCGGCCCCGUCAAUUCUCGAGACCUACGACCCGAAACGAUCGUGAAAAUGGCGAAGAUGAAGACCAACGACGAAAAAAAUUCGUCGUCUCUUUCGCCGGAGAAUAUAAACGACAUAUCCCUCGCACGAUCGCUUCUUUCUGCCGCUGAAAUGUUCGACGACCGACAUUUCGACGGUGCGAAAACUCUCCUCCGAAAUUGCAUCCUCCAAUCCUCUCUUACCGGUAACUCCGUAACGAGAGUCGUUCGAUUAUUCGCGGAGGCGUUAACGGAGAGGAUCGACGUCGAGAUGGGGAAGAUCGAUCUCGGGAGGAUCCCGUUGGAUAUCGAGGAAAGUCUGAUAAAGUAUCAAAACGCGAUCGUCGUAACCGGGCAGAGAAUCCCGUCGGCGCAGGUCACGCAAUUCGCCGCAAUUCAGACGAUUCUCGACCACGUCGCGACUGCUAAAAAGAUCCAUCUUCUCGAGUUCGGCAUCAACUACUAUGGAUUCCCGGUUUCGAUAAUGAUUCAAGGCUUGGCGAAUCGGAAAGACUUGCGGGUCGAGCUCCUCGCUGUUAGCACGGUGGGGACGUCGACGGACAGGCUUCGAGAAACCGGGGAGAGGCUCGCGACAUUCGCGAAGUCGAUGAACGUACCGUUUCUUUUCAAAUCGGUCGUCUCCGAAACCGAGCUGACGGUAGAUUCGUUCGACUUCCAACCCGACGAAGCCGUGAUCGUAUACCUUGGGCUGCACCUAUGGUCGCUCUUGGCCUCGCCGAAUCACUUGCAAUCGUUCUUGCACUUCGUCAAGAAGGUGAACCCUCGACUGAUUAUCGUCAACGAGCUCGAGACGAGCACGAAUACUCCGAUCUACGGGGAUCGUUUCCACGAGGCACUCGUCUUUUUCUUGGCGAUAUUCGACUGCCUCGACGGCUGUCUAAAGGGAGACCACGUAUCGCGUAAGGCAAUGGAAGAAGUGUUCUACAGAGACAUGAUUCGGAACAUAGUCGUGGCAGAAGAUGAAGAGAGGACACACCGGCACGAAAAGAUAGCGUUCUGGCGGCGACUCUUUUCCGAGUUCGAUAUCGUCGAGGUCGAGCUGAGCGAUUCCUCGUUGUACCAAGCUAGCCUGCUGAUUAAGGGGAAUCAAGAUUGGAAGGAUUCUUGCACUCUGAAGAUGGAUAGAGAGUCCUUGAUUGUGGAGUGGAAAGGCACCUCUAUUCAGUCGAUUUCGGCAUGGAAGAUAGUCGACGGAAGAGGUCGAACUGAUCACAACUAA